UAAGAUCAAAGACUGCAUCAACAAUUCAACUCAUGUGUCACACUCAAAUCAUUGAAUAAAUACGCUUACAUCAACAAUAUAGAGACAGUAAUAAAUUAACCAAUUGAUAUCAAUAGAAAAACAUAAAACAAAAAAAAAAAAAACAAAGUCGAGAGGAGUGAAUAGAACGAAUAUCAAAAUGCGCGCCGUAUACGACUUGUUGCUGAGCAACGCCUUUGAUCCCAGAAUGGUGCUCCAGAACCACAACACGGUGGUGGCCCGUUCCACCUUGACGCCGAACAGCAGCAGCCAGAACUUUGGCUCCCAUCCGCUGGGUGGAUCGGCCAACGGUUCCGGAUCCGGACGUACUCCUCUGAACGCCGGACCCAGCACCCAGCGUCCCAUAUUGGAUCUGCUGGUGGCCAUGGUGGCCGUGCCGGUGCUGAUCCUCUGCGCCCUGCAGCUGGAGAAGAAUCUGCGGGACAACAGCGUGGAGUCCCGCUGGCUGGUCUUCGCCCUGGGCAUUGGGAUGCUGGUGAUCAGCGUGAUCAUCUGCGGCUAUGUCACGCACCGCAUGGGCGUCUGCAUUUGGGCGGGACCCAUCGAUGAGGCGGGAAACCGGGCCACCAAUGGAGCCAUGCCACAUAUCAACUCCCAGAACGAUGUGCUGCGCAUAGUGGACUCACUGCCGCCAAGUUACGAUAGUGUGGUGAAGUACGAGCUGCCGCCUCCGGCCUACGAUUGCCUGGUCAUCGACAUGGAACAGUCGAAGGAUCUGCAGCCGCCACAGACCACCGCCAAGCCAGGAGCUGGCGGAUCCACCUCCCCGCCCGGUGCCACCCUGCACAUCUGAGGGGAAAGGGGACGGAGGGGGAAGGGAUUGAGCAGUGGAAGGAGGAGAGAGAAUUAAGAGAUUUUUUCCCAACUGGCAGCGCAACGGAUUUCUGUACUUGACCCACUUAAAAACCACAUGCAAACAUGUCUAUAACUACGAUUUCGAUAGGUGGUAAUCUGGAAACUCUGUUGUUUUUUUUCCGAAAGAAAAAACCCAGAUCAUUCAGCUGAAUACCGCCAUAUAUCCGUAUAUCAAUUAUAAUGUUUGGCUCACUGGUAGCUUGGCAAAGCUUUAUGGCAUUGUAUUUACUUUGUUUGUAAGCAGCUAGUAUUUUAACUCGUAGUGCCCAUCAAUAACGAUAUCGAUUCCUUUGCAUUGUACAUAGAGUUCUCUGAAAACACAAAAACACACAGCAUCUAGUCCAAAGUUGUAUAUAGCCGAAAAAAGAAAUAACUGAACCACACAUGAUGCGCCCAUAUAUAAGUUUUAAACACAUACGACUAUAUUGUAUACUAAAUGAAUGCCAGGGCAGGGCGGGAAUCAAACUACAAAACUACUGGGUAGCAAUUAGUCUUAGUCUUAGCGUAUUGCCUGUAUAUAACUAUGUAUAUUUCAAUUACAAAUACUUUUAUAUAGCCAUCUCGACAGCGAUGUCGAUUGCCAACAAAUGUCGGAAAACGUUCAGUGUUGCUUUCCAGAAAUAAAGAAUUCCUAUUAAGUUUAUUGAAAUGCAAGCAAA